GUUUAACUUUCUCCGUGCAGAGCUCCUUUAAUACAUCCAGAGUCCAGAGUCAGUAAGAGGUUUAAAGCUGCUCUGAGGACGAGCAGCUCCGGUCUGUGUCGGUGGAUUUAUACCAAUAAACUCCUGUGAUUUUAUUCCCUGAAGAAACCCGGAGAGACGUCUCAACCUGGAGAUCUGCAGCGUUUUGAUGUCACAUUCCUGGAGUUUCUGACGAACGACAGCCGACAGCGGGAUCAAAUCCUUCAUCCCUUUUAUCUGAGGAGGGAUAAAGAAGUGAAGAGGAGCUGGUGUUUGCUGGGAUAUGGCUUUUCUGUGUUUGAGAGAAAGACACAGGGAGCUGAUCUGAGGUCAAGACCUUCCUCCUCCUCCUCCUCCUCUUCUCCCCCCAUCCCGUAGUCACAUGACAGCGUGAGGCACAACCCCCGGGGUUGCUAUCGCUACGCUGACCGACCUAAAUAUUUGUAUACUCACUUGGAGAAGCAACACAGACUGAAGGGAGAGAGCUUCUUAUCAAGUGAGUUUGCUUUGUGAGCUGUUGGAGCUUCAUAUCCUGAGAAACUGACUGCUACUCAAACACAUCAAGGUGUUAAACGCUGAGAGAGUUUUCUCUGAAUCGCCUCACCUGUCAGAAGCAAAAUGCCGGCCAAGACGCCAAUGUACUUAAAAACGACGACUCCCAAGAAGGGGAAGAGACUGCGUCUUCGUGACGUCCUCUCAGGGGACAUGAUCAGCCCCCCGCUGGGCGACGUGCGCCACAGCGCCCACGUGGGGCCCGAAGGGGAGGGCGACAUGUUUGGAGACGUGGGCUUCCUGCAGGGUAAGAUCGGCAUGCUGCCGGCGCUAACUCGGAUGCAGGACGGACGCUCGCACAGUGUGGAGAGACGGCUGGACGACGGACAGGACUCACACAGCUACGCCUACAACGGGUACCACUACCAGCACUCCUCCAAGGGCCUGCUGAAGACCACCAUCUCCAUGCCCGUGUUCAUCGCCCACGAACAGGCUCCGCCCAAACCGCCACGCCUCCACCUGGACGACCCCUCUCCUUCGUCUCUGCCCUCCCAGCAAAACCACUUCCACCACCAUCAGCAGCCGUCGGACUCCGGCCACAAACAGGCCAACGGUCACACGGAGCACCACGGCCAGUUCUUUGAGAACGGCGUGGUGGGUCGCUUGGCGUCAGAGCCGUGCCGUGACAUCUCGCUCUCCCCCGCCAUCCGCAGGCUCGUCCCCUCCUCUGGCUCCUUCUCAGAGGUCUCCUCUGAGGACUCCAUGUCGGAGACCUGCGGGCCCCUGGACGUCCGCCGGGGCCUCAGCCUGGACUCUGACGCCGGCCUGAGCAACGAGGACCUGAGGAGUGACCGCAGCGAGUCGCCCUGCACCGUCUACCAUCCGGCCGGCCUCACCGUCUCAUCCGGCGUGUCGCGGUCGGACUCUAUGGCGGGGUUAGACCUGGAUCUGGGCCCUUCUAUCAUGGAGGACGUCCUGAGCAUCAUGGACCGCUACAAGACUGAGGACAACCGCUGUGAGCUGUGAAGAAACUUUAAUGUGAUGUACAGAUAUUUUUUUAUACAUAAAUCCUUAAAGACUUUUACUAAAGAAGGACAAAGGACGGAGGGAUGGAGAGACGGAGGGAGGAGAAAAUAUCUUUCUCAAGAAGAGGUUAAAGGUCAAGGAAAGUUUUAAGAAGCAGGUGGACAUUGUUGUUACGUGUUGGGACGUUGCUGUCCAACCCGUUCUCUGUGACAACAGCCGAGGCAACAGGCUGGUCCUUAGGAGCCUUUAUCAGAAACAAACACUUAAACUCAUGCUGUUAUCACAAACACUUUGCUUUGGAUGAAAUACGAGCCACAUUGUCUCUUAAUCUGACUUAUGCUGAGACUUUUCUGCUCGUUAAUGGGUAACAAAUCUUAGUCAGAUAUGAAUGUGUGGAGACGGACUCGGGGGAGCAGCAGGACUCACUUUUCCACCGUGGAAACCAUCGCUACUAAUAAAUAAUGAUGUUCAAAUUACACCUUCUCAGUCCUGUUAAACUGAACUGCAAAUAGUUUUAUGCUGAAGGUCAUAUUAAUUCAUCUUGGCUGCCUGAAAUGUUGCAGAAGACUGAAUAUUAAUAUAUUUACUGUACUGCUUCAAUGCCAGAUGAAAUGUGAAUAACUUCUGAUUUUACUCUCCUGUAAAAGAUGUAAUAGUUACAUAUGAGAACAACAGCAACAACAUUUCAGUAUAUUUUGUUCAGAGGUGAAACUGAAGAAUCAUAUUCUUGUAGUUUAACUAAUAAAAUACUUUAUAAGUGUAAGAAAAGUGCAGCUUUCUAGAUCAUUUUCAAAUAUUGGUCUUUUUAAAAACACUCUUCUUCUUCUUCUUCCUCCAUGUUGUCGGCCUCUCUAACAUUCACUGUCUGCAUGAUCACAGCAGCCUAUUAUUCACAUGUCAUUUAUGCUGUAUAUCACUGUAAAUGUAAAAAUAAAAAACGUUCCUAUAAAGAAAA